AUUCGUCUUUCUUAAUUGCAUGAGUUACAUACGUAAUGGUUUUGGAAAUAGUAGAUCAAAAAUCAAGAGCAUUUAUUCAAAAAAACUAUUUAGAUAUAUAAAAAGUCUGAUUGUGAAUUGUAAAAAAUCGAAGGAAUUAAUUUUUAAUUAUAUCACGUAUUAAUUAAAGUAUGUAUAUAUAAUUUUCUAUAAAAUUAGCAUAAUGAACAUAAACUUUAACUGACAUUAUUUUGUUUGUGGUGUAAUCAGUUGAGUUUUGAACUUAGUGUUAAGCGAAAGAAAUGAUUGUUGAAGAUAUAAUAGAGACGUCACAUAUGAGCAGAACAUCAGUACCAUUUCCUUUGGCAAGUUACGACACAGUAUAUGCCGAGUCCAUUCAACAUCCAGAUCGUUUUUGGGCCAAAGUUGGGCAACUGCUAACUUGGUCCAAACCAUGGAAGCGAGUAGUAGAUAAUACAUACGAACCUUUUACAAAAUGGUUUGUAGGAGGGGAGCUGAACGCAUGUUACAAUGCCGUAGAUAGACAUGUAGAAGCUGGUAAAGGAGGAAAAGUCGCUUUGAUAUACGACUCUCCUAUUUUAGGCGUAGUAAGAAAAAUUACAUAUUCUGAACUACAGGAAAAAGUAUCCAAAUUAGGUGGUCUUUUACAAAGGUUAGGUGUAAGCAAAGGAGAUAAAGUGAUUAUAUACAUGCCACUAAUUCCGGAAACUAUAAUGGCCAUGUUAGCUGUAGCUAGAAUAGGAGCAAUACAUUCAGUGGUUUUUGGAGGAUUUGCUGCAAAUGAGUUAUGUACAAGAAUUCAACAUGCAGAAGCUAAAGUAGUUAUUGCAGCUAGUUGUGGUAUAGAACCAAGUAGAAUCGUUAACUACAUAACUGAAUUAAAUGAGGCAAUAUCAUUAUCUACUCAUAAACCUUCGAAAUGUAUAAUAUUCCAAAGGAAAGGUGUGGAAAUUGGUGAUCUAAAUCCAGAGAGGGAUAUGGAUUGGGAAGAAGCUAUCAAAAAUUGUGAAAGUGCGCCUUGUAUACCAGUCGACGCUAAUGAUCCUCUAUAUAUUCUUUACACUUCAGGAACUACAGGUGAACCGAAAGGUAUUACCCGACCAGUAGGUGGACAUUUGUGCACAUUAAUUUAUAAUUUGAAAACCUUAUACGGACUUACACCAGAUGACGUAUGGUGGGCAACAAGCGAUUUUGGAUGGGUCGUCGGACACUCGUUCAUGUGUUAUGGACCAUUAUCAUAUGGUAUGACGACCAUUAUAUACGAAGGAAAACCAACUACAACCCCUGAUCCUAGUUCCUAUUAUCGAAUUAUUAGCGACUAUAAAGUUAAUGGAAUGUUCACCGUACCAACAGCAAUGAGGCUAUUGAAGCAAACAGAUCCCGAAGGAAAAUACGGCAUGGAAUACGAUCUAUCAAGCUUAAGACAAUUGUGGAUGGCUGGAGAACAUCUGGAUUUGAAUACGAAACUAUGGUCGGAAAGAAUGUUUGGAGCGCCUGUGAUAAAUCAUUGGUGGCAGACUGAAACGGGUUCUGGAAUUUCUGGAAUGUGCGCUGGCUUGAAGAAUCCUUGCACCGAUACGGAUCUUACCGUAGGACUUCCAUUUCCUGGAUAUAAUAUUAAGGUGUUGAGAAAAGAUGGUACUGAAGCUGAUAUCAACGAAUUAGGAAGAAUAGUCAUCAAACUCCCUUUACCACCUGGAACAUUAACUACGCUCUAUAAAGCCGAGGAUAGAUUUCUAAAAACAUAUUUCGCCAAAUUUCCAGGAUAUUACGAUACGAUGGAUGCUGGUUACAAGGACAAAGAUGGAUUACUUUACGUAACAGCUAGAGCUGACGAUGUCAUUAACGUAGCCGGUCAUAGAUUGUCCACUUUAGCUAUAGAAAAUAUAAUUUUGUCCCAUCCGGAGGUAGCAAUGGCAUGUGUCAUUUCAGUACCAGAUCCAAUUAAAAACGAAGUACCCUUAUGCCUGUUCAUAAUGAAGGAAGAUUCACUUUUGAGUGAAGAUACAGUAUCGAAAGAAUUAGUUUAUAUGGUUCGUGAAAAUUUGGGGCCGGUGGCGUCCUUUAAAUUAGCAUUAGCGGUUAGCGGAUUGCCAGUAACGAGGUCCGGAAAAAUUUGUAGAAAAUCUAUGGCGGAUCUUGCCAGAAAUAAACUUAAGAAAAUUUCCGCAACGGUUGUAGAUCCCACUGUUUACAAGGAAAUCGAAGAAAUUUUAAGAACGCACGGAUACUGUCGCGAAAUAGAUUAACAUAUGUAUAGCUUAACCAUAACUUAGUAUUAAAUUUAAAAAAAUUCAUUUUAUUUUUGUUAAGAUUAGGUAAAUACAGAAUUGUUAUUGUU